UUUCUUUUCGUUUCUUGUGAUUGUCUCUUUCCGAAAAAUGAAAAAUUUGUGCGAUUUGGUGCUAAAGUAUAAACCGUUUAGCAAUGUGGAUGAUGAUUUGUUUGCUUAUAUCGAUCGUAUUUUGGAGAACGCCUGGGAAAUACAUCAGCGACAUGAACGUGCCAUGAUAGGAUUAGAGAAGCUGGAACAGCAAUUACGGGUACGAACAGAACGCCAAGCUAUCCGGUUUGAACAAGGCAACAUUACUAUUUCGCCAGUAAAAAAACGUAAACGUCGGUCCAUCGACGCGCCGCUUUCGGCACGCAAAGAAAACGUAUUCGCCGUCGAUGAUUCCACAUUUUUUCCCAACAAAUCCGACCCUGAAGCUUCGCUGGUAGCAACGUCCGUGCUAGAACAGAACAUCAUUGAUUCGGAGGAAUCAUUCUUUGCCCUGUCGCAAAGUCCGCCUAAAAGAGAACCGUUGUCCAGUAAAAAUGCAUGCUUUUCCGAUCGUUCACCAGCGAAACAUUUAUUUGAAGGAAAAUGGAACAGAAGAAUUCUGCGCGAGAGUAAACUCGACCCCAGCAUCUCCGCUAGAAAAUCAAUAGACGAAAAGUCACCGCAGCGGGCAGCGAUGACAAGCGCGUCAACGAGCGGCACUAAGUGGACGGUUAAAAAGGACGAUACGGCCAUAGUUUCUAAGCUGGAACAGGGUUCGACAACCGGUAAAUCGUUUCGAUCUCCCUUGCAUGGGCGUAGCCGUUUGCGGCAGACUAAGCUAGUGUUUCCAGAGCACUCCAACCAACGGGUUCGCUCGAAAAAGGAUGGCAAAGCAACGGAGGAAGAGGCAUCAUUGAGUGAUUUUGUAGUGCCCACGCCGCCCGUGUCAGCACACAAAUCAAAAUGCAUGCGAAGUAUACGGAUGAAGGAGUCUACCAGUAACGGGAUGCAGUCAAUCAGUAGAAGUAAAUCGAAGAAUGAUCGGCCAAUAACUGACAAAUGUUUCAACGACACUGAGAAAACAAGUAUUCAAACUUGCGGCGAUGAUAUCGAUCGAACUUUUUGUGCAGGAAUAGAAGGCUUCAGCGACUUCCAAGCACAGAAGAUCAAACAAGAAUCAACAACGCGACCGAACCAUAAACCGUGUUUGUUUAAGUCGAUUAAAAAUGUUUCGCAUGAGUGGAAUUGUCCAGCGGAAGAAAAGAACGAUACUAGCGACGUCAUACUUGUGCAACCACCGAGCCAGGAGUCAGUUGUUUGUGUGAUGGAAUCCCAAGCUUCGAAAAAGGAUUUACUUAUUGCUGCCUUGAAGGAAGAACGCAGUAAGCGGAUCGAAGACACUGGUUCACGGCCUUUGGACAUUGCCACCGAUGUCAAUGAUAAAUGGAAGGAACCGGAAGCUACGACCACGAAAGCCGUCACACCAGUGAAGGACUCAACUUCCGAAAAAGCAUUGGCUACGAAAAAGUUGUGUAUCGAUUGCAAAAAGUUUUUUCAAUUUCACAUGACGUCUGGGAAAUCGGCAGAAACUGUACUUUCUAAAUUACCCCGCAACUGUCGUAGCUGUCGGAUGGCCCAACUUCACAGCACUCCGCCAGAUUUCUGGCAUCCCGACUUCCUUCCAACGCAACAAUAACGCCUCAGUCUGGUGCCUUA